CCCCAACCCAUACCCGCGCUUUGCUCGGAACCCGUGAAUCAUGCCAUGACAUUCGGCGAUGAGAAAUCUAACAUCUAUCCCGAUUAUUGCCAUGAGUUAUCUCCUACGAUCGGAAGAUGGUGUCCGCUGCGAGCUGUCGACGUGCACGCCCUGCAGAGUGUGGGAAUGUUCGAUAAUGGAAAAGAAUUAUACCAUUAUGGAAACCACCCGAUAAAAUGGGUGCGUGUCACCGGCGUCAUAGUAGCUAUUGAUGAAUUCUUCGCCCGAAGAAUCUUCACCAUUGAUGAUAGCAGUGGCAUGUGCAUCGAAUGCACAUGUCCUGCUCCUCCGUCACCCGGCCCAGCUAUCCCCGCGCACCUCGACAAGGCCUCCGACCCUAACCGUAUGACUUCAACGUCUGCCUUGAAGGCGGAUAUCCGUAAGCCGGCAAAACCAGAAGAACUACCCACUCCCACUGUAGAGACGCCCUGGGUUCCAUGGCAGGACAUCGAUGUUGGUGCUGUGGUCAAGAUAAAGGGCAAACCAAGCAGCUUUCGGGAGAUGAAACAGGUAGAGAUAAUCAAGGUUGAGGUGAUGCGGAGUACGGAACAGGAAGUCCGAUGCUGGAAUGAAGUUCUGUCGUUUCGAAAGGAUGUGUUGAGGAUUCCGUGGGUGGUCAGUCGAGAGGCGGAGGAGAAAUGCAGGAGGCGGGCUGAAAAGGAGCAGUACCAGAGAAGCUCAAGGAAGGAUGGGAGGAGGAGAAAUAUGGAUAGGAGUAGGGUUAUGGGCGAGGAUAAACUCCAGAAAAGAGAGGCGGAGAGACGGGAAAAUGAUGAUGAGAGUGACGAUACUGGACGGAAGAGGAAGGAGAAGCACGAGCAGAAGAAACGGAGGCAUAAGACAGAGCGAGAGGGGCUGGAUCCGGAGAAUAAGGUGAAUUACCCCUCGCUGGCAGUGAGGAGGAGGCUGGCUGGGAAGUACGAUGCAUUGGGUAUAUGACACUUUCGGGAACACCUGUACUGUGACGACUUACUUCCUUGCCUCCGUAGCUUCGGUAGGCGUUGACGAGCUCUGCUACCCUGUAUUUACAUAUAUGCACAUACGUCUCUGCAAGGUGAGAGGUCAAAGCAAGUCACUUAUAUCAUCAACAGUAUCAAGGAAAAUUGUUAUUUGGG